AUGACAAGCAACGAUAAAUAUGUCCUGGUGACUGGUGCGAACAGCGGCCUCGGUCUAGGUACCUGCUGUCGUCUCAUUGACGAGUAUCUUGCGUCUCACGGCCGCGACCAUGGCACUCUGACCAUCAUUUUCACCACUCGAAGUGCCAAAAAGGGCGCCGAGACUCUUUCGACCCUCGAGAAACACCUCGCCAGACAUGGCACUCCCAAUCUCAAGAUUUACUUCCGAUCCGAGAACGUCGAGUUGACGAGCCUGCUCUCCGUCCGCGCCCUCAGCCGCAAACUCCUCGCCUCAGACCUCCCUCACAUCAACGCCAUAGUCCUCAAUGCUGGUAUAGGAGGAUGGUCAGGCCUCGAUUGGCCGUUGACGCUGUGGACGGUCUUGACGGGGAUCAGACAGGCCACGACAUGGCCGACUUUCAAGCUGGGUCUGGUUGGACUGGUGACAAAACCACAGUUUCCCACAGGGACUUUGGCCGGUGAGGAACCGAUUUUAGGAGAGGUCUUCUGCGCCAAUGUAUUCGGGCAUUACAUGCUGGUGCACUGGCUCAUGCCACUAUUCCGAGCAUGCGCACCGAAAGACGGCGGCAAGAUCAUCUGGUCGACUUCCAUCGAGGCGGUAGCACAGCACUAUAACCCUGACGACCACCAAGGGCUGAAAUCCGCCGCCGCAUACGAACACACCAAGCGCAUGGGAGACUUGCUGGCGCUGAGCGCGGUCAACCAGCCCGCAACCGCCAAACAAGUCAAAGAAUACACGACACCUUCUUCUUCGCGAACCAUGGAGGUGUCCGCACGGGAGCGACCAGAUCAAUCCGAGCCGACCUUCCACGUGUCGCACCCGGGCAUCUGCACCACCACGAUCAUCAGCCUGUACUGGAUCGUGCACGAAUGCUACCGACUGGGCAUCUACCUGUCCCGCUGGUGCGGCUCGCCCUGGGCCAACGUGACAAGCUACCUCGGCGCGGCUUCGGCGACGUGGCUCGCGCUUGCGUCCCUAGCGGACAUCACAGAGAAAGCUACCCAAGCCACCGGCGACGAAAACGGCGGACCAUGUAAAUGGGGUGCGUCGACUGACCGGCUAGGCCGUUCCUACGUGCGAGUCACGGACGUGCCCGGCUGGGGAAUCAACGGGAGCGGCAAGCCCUUCAAGGAUAAAUGGUGGGGAGGGAGCCUGGGGAGAAAAACCGGGUUUAGCGAUGCGACCAAAGAAGACGUCGAGGCUUUUGUAGUUGAAGGAGCUGAGGUGUGGAACAAGAUGGAGGCGAUGCGGAAGGACUGGGAGGCGAGGAUUGAAGAGUAUGAAGCCGACCAAGGUACAAAGAGGAAUGAGGUCGUCGCAUCAUCAUGA